UGCGCCUCGUUCAUUCGGUUGCGGUGUCAGUGGGGCGACGGCUACAGUACCCGUACCGUAGUAGUGAUUUUAGUUGUAGUAACAGAUACUAUUCGGUUCUUGAGGAGAUCACGAGAAAAAUGCCUGAAGGUAAACCAUUUGAGAGACUCCCGGGAACCGUCAAGCCGAAACAUUACCGACUGUCUCUUGUGCCGAACUUAAAAUCGUUAACUUUUCAAGGAGAGGUGUCUAUUCAAAUUGAGGUUGUGAAACCCACUGACGAAAUCGUACUUAACGCCCUAGACUUAACCAUCGACUCUGCAACGCUGAACGGCAAUAAGAAGUUGACGCCAACCGAAACCAAACUAAGCACGGAGGAUGAAACGGCGACAUUCAAAUUCGGCUCCCCGAUCUCCCCGGGUUCCUACAACUUGGACCUCGCCUUCAAGGGCGAAAUCAACGAUAAGAUGAAAGGCCUCUACAGGAGCAAAUAUGUCAAUGAAAAAGGAGAAGAAACCUAUGCCGCAGUAACCCAGUUCGAAUCGACUGAUGCCCGAAGAUGCUUUCCCUGUUGGGACGAGCCAGCCCUAAAAGCGACAUUCGAUAUCAGCCUAACUGUACCAAAGGAUUUGGUAGCUUUGUCUAAUAUGCCCGUAAAAGAUAGCGAGACAAAAGGAGAUGCUGUAAGAUAUACUUUUGAAAAAACUCCGAUAAUGUCUACGUAUCUGGUAGCGGCAGUCAUUGGAGAAUAUGACUACGUCGAGGAUAAAUCUAGCGACGGGGUGUUAGUGAGGGUUUAUACGCCGAAGGGGAAGAAGGAACAAGGCUUGUUUGCCCUGGAAGUAGCCACCAAAGUAUUGCCUUACUAUAAGGGAUACUUCGAUAUAGCUUAUCCUUUACCAAAAAUAGAUUUGAUUGCCAUAGCGGACUUUAGCGCUGGGGCUAUGGAAAACUGGGGUCUUGUUACUUACAGGGAGACGUGUCUGCUUGUCGACCCCCAGAAUACCUCGGCGGUGAGCAAACAGUGGAUAGCUCUCGUUGUCGGACACGAGCUAGCCCACCAGUGGUUCGGAAACCUGGUAACCAUGGAGUGGUGGACGCACUUGUGGCUCAACGAAGGCUACGCCUCUUUCGUCGAGUUCCUAUGCGUCAACUACCUGUUCCCGGAGUACGAUAUUUGGACGCAGUUCGUCAACGACUCGUAUAUUAAGGCGUUAGAACUGGACAGUUUAAAAAAUUCUCACCCCAUCGAAGUACCUGUAGGGAAUCCCUCUGAAAUCGACGAGAUAUUCGACGAUAUCAGUUACAAUAAGGGAGCUUCGGUGAUAAGGAUGCUGCACCACUAUAUCGGCGACGAGGACUUUAGGAAGGGCAUGCACCUGUACUUAACCAGGCACCAGUACAAAAAUACUUUUACCGAGGAUUUGUGGGCGGCAUUGGAGGAAGCCAGUAAUAAGCCGGUCGGGGACGUCAUGUCAACUUGGACGAAACAAAUGGGUUUCCCUGUUGUUAAAGUCGCCAGCAAGUCGUCAGGCGAUGGAAAGGGUGUGACCCUGACACUCUCCCAAACCAAAUUCACAGCGGACGGCUCCAAACCCUCAGGAAACUACCUCUGGUUGAUACCAAUCUCGAUAUCUACCUCUAAAAACCCUUCUAAGGAAGUAGUGAGCACUGUUCUUAAGACGCCUACGGCCGAAGUGGUUGUACCUGAUGUAAAACCUUCCGAGUGGAUAAAAAUCAACCCCGGCACCAUAGGAUUUUAUAGGACUCAGUACACGCCGGAAAUGUUGGAGAAAUUCAUUCCCGCUAUACAAAAUAAGACCCUGCCUCCAUUGGAUAGGCUAGGGCUCUUGGACGAUCUCUUUGCUAUGGUAAAGGCUGGCCAUACAAGUACAGUGGAGGUGUUGAAACUACUCAAGGCCUUCGAAGACGAAACCGACUACAAUGUGUGGUCCUCUAUAGGAAAUAUCCUUGGAAGAGUGGGGCAAGUUUUGGGAAAUACCGAGUGUGAUAUCGACUAUAAAAAAUACCAAAAACAACUCCUACGUAAAGUGUACAAACGACUGGGCUGGAACCAAAAACCGGACGAAACUCACCUCGACACCCUGCUCAGAGGUCUCGUCUUGGGCCGGCUCGCCUGGCUGGACGAUGAAGACACCAUCAAGGAGGCCAGGGAACGGUUCGUCGUUCACGUUAAAUCGGAUCAGACCUUGCCGGCGGAUCUCCGUAGCGCCUGCUACAAGACUGUGCUGAGGGCUGGGGGAAAGGAAGAGUACGACACGCUUUUGCAGUUGUAUCGGUCGACGGAUCUCCACGAGGAGAAGGACAGGAUCAGCAGGUCGCUGGGGGCCGCCAAGGAUCCCGAAUUGUUGAAGAAAGUUCUCGAUUUUGCCAUGUCGGAUGAAGUACGCUCGCAGGACACAGUAUUUGUAAUAAUUUCCGUGGCACUCACUCACGUGGGUCGCGAGCUGGCCUGGCAGUUCUUCAAAGACAACUGGAGCAAGAUCGUAGAGCGUUUCAGUGGGUACCUGCUAACCAGGUUGGUUAAGUACUUAACGGAGAACUUUGCCAGCGAAAAGAUGUCCACGGAGGUGGAAACAUUCUUCCGGGAACACAAGUCGCCUGGUACGGAAAGAACCGUACAACAAGCCGUGGAAACUAUACAGUUGAACACUGCAUGGCUGAAGAGAGAUUCAGCAGCCAUUAAGAAAUACCUCAGUUCUAAUUAAAUUGUACUUAAUUAUUGUGAACAACGUACUUUGUUUUUUAUCGGUAAAUUAUGCCAGUGACUGUACCUAUAAUUUGUUAUUUUUAGAAAGUUUUGUAUUAAUUGAAAUAUUGUAUGAAUGAUAUUUAAUAAAAAAUAAUUCUUCCA